UCGACCAAAAGGAGCCUGUUGCCACAUGAAUGCACGAACGUAAAAAUGAGCAGCACCUGGAAGCAGCAAAAAGAGGCAUUCGUCAGCGACCACGACGGCGGCAGCUUGAUAGAGCUCAUAGCGGUGGCAGCCGUCGUGCCGCUCUGCUGCGGCGCACGGCUUAAACUGCACGACGCGAAGGACUCAACGAGCGUCAAGCUCGCGAAAGAUGCCGGACUACUGGUCGCGCCAAUCGCUGCAUCGCUCACCAUCGGCGCCGACUAUAUGCCCGCGAUGUUUCUGGUGCUGGCGGCGGUCGCGCUCAGGACGCAGAAGCAUCCGGCGACGCGAGCAGCGAGCGACAUGCUCGUGACGCAUGCGCACGCCAUUCGGCUGUUCCGCGCGUGCCAGGCGGUGUUCACGGGAAUUUGUAUUCUCGCCGUCGACUUUCGCGCAUUCCCGCGGCGCUUCUGCAAGACGGAGACCUACGGGUAUUCCUUGAUGGACAUGGGCGUCGGCUCGUUCGUCGUGGGCAACGCCAUGAUUAGCCGCCUCGUGCUCGGGCGGACAUGGCAGCCGAAACGCAUCCUGCCCUUGGUCGUGCUUGGGUUGGGGCGGCUCAUCACCGUCAAAGCCUCGGGCUACCCGGAACACGUGACAGAGUACGGCGUCCACUGGAACGCGUUCUUUACGCUGGCGGUCGUGGACUUGUGCGACGGCCUGGGCUGUUAUCUGAAGCUCGGCCCCGGCGGGUGCCUUUGCGCCGCCAUGGCGCUCAUGGUGGUGCCUCGUUUUGGACUCGGCGCGGCCUACGUCCUGUCCGACGCGCCGCGCGACUCGCUGUUCGCAGCCAACCGCGAGGGCCUCGCGUCGGCCCCCGGCUACGCGGCGUUGUUUUUUGCGGCGGCAGCGUUCUUCGAUUUCGUCCUCGCCCGCGGCCAAAGACACCUAUCUCUCGACGACUCCGUAGUAUCUCUCUUCAACCUCUUCCUGAACAAACGUGGAGCUCCCGCCCUCGCCUGCGUGUCGGGCGCGUUCCUGGCGCUCACGUGGCUCGCGGGCCCGCCGUCGCGGCGCGUCGCCGACGCGCCGUUCGUGCUGCUGUGCCUCGGCUUCAACGGCUGGAUCCUGGCGCUCUGCGCUCUGUUCGCGGACAGGCUGCAGGGAGUGGUCCUGGUCGUCGCCGACGCGCACCUGCUGUACUGGUUCCUCGCGGCGAACGUGACGACUGGCGUGUUCAACUUCGCAACCGACUCGCUGAAAAUACCUGGUUUUGUAGCCGUGGUCGUGCUCGUCGCGAAGACUUUCGCGGACGCGUUCUUGGUGCAGACCGCGACGGCGGAGAUGAGGCUUAAAGAAAGCUAG